AUGCGUCGAUUGUCGAGAUUGCCAGUGGAUCAUACAAGCCCCAAAAGCCCGGGUUCCCAAGCUGUAUGCGAGACUAAGUUUUACCUCCCCUCGUUUCAUUUCAACCUGAUUGGAGGGCUUCUCUCGCAGUCACGCUCUUGUUUCUACGCUCAAAUGCGUGCACCGGGGGCGUGUCUCUCGGGUGGGAUUCGGGCUGAACUGGCUUGGCACCACAAGCCCCAAUGGCGAAUCGAUCAGGCCCCGGUACCUUUAUGCCUUGAGUGUCAACCCUGA